GUAUUAAAUACCUUAAUCACAUUCUCGGUCGAUAACGUAGUCCUAUGUCAAACUGCUCAGCUGAAUGCUGGUAACGUAGUUUUACGUCAUUUUAAAUUUAUUUAUUAACUGAACAACCGGCAAUGUAGUUCUACUAGUCAUUUCAAAAUUGGUGCACCUACUUAGCUAUAAGGGCUAUAUGUCGCACCAAACGGCUGAAUACAAUUUCCGUUUGUCCAAUAGAUGUAUGAACAUUCAAUAAAUAAGCCAGCAAUAAUGUUGCUACUAUCCAAACUAUAAUAAUAUCCAUAGUUAAUAUAGCAGCAUCAAGUUUGCAAAAUGAAUGUAAUAACACUUGUAUGGUAAGACAUUUUCAUCAAAACUUUUUAUCAAAAUUAUACACACACAUAUACAUAUAUAUAUUACAUCUUAAUCAUUUAAAAGAAACUUUUACUACGAAAGAAGAAGAUUAUUUUGUGCGUUUUCUGAUUAUUCGUUGCGACACAACUACAGGCAAACGUCUCGCCGGCCGCGAAUGUUAAUAUUUUGUUCUCAAUGUCUUUCUUUUGUAUCACAAAGGGGAGUUAAUUAAUACUAGUCGAGUUUUCCAAAAAAAAUCAUCGCAAAUAUUCCUUUUACGCGAUAAUUAUCGGAGAGAUUGACUUGUGUUCUUCGAAGACGAGAAAAUAACGUAAGGCAGCGUUGAUCGUCCGCUUUUAGUUCGAUUAAAAAUUUACGUUGCCAGUUUGUCGGACAAACGUCAAUCGAAUCGCUCAAUAUUUAUUCCACGUCCGUCACGGACCUCUGGCCAGCCUAUUUCAAUUCCAGCUAUGUUUGCCGCGUAUGUAUUUUCUACGAUCGUGACCUCACAUAUUAGAUGAGCUAUGACUCAGAAUCGGAGAAGCUCGAGCAGGAAGUAUAGAAAGGCAAUUCAUUAAAUAAUAAAUCACGUGCAAAAAGGAUAAAUAAUUAUAAAGAGUAAUAGAUUGAAAGAGAAGAUUACUUUUUUUAUCAAUGAAUGUAUUAUUAUAUAAUUAAUUAUACAUCCCUGUAUUUUGAAACCCUUGAGACGAGCAUUCAUUUCAACAAAUUAAAUGAUACUUUAGGCAACAAAGAAACUAUGUGUUAAGAAGUGUUAAGAAUUAGAAAAUAUUGGUGCAAUCGGAAAAUUUCAUCAUCUACUGAAUUAUCAGAUAAAUAAAAUAAGAUCCUUGCUUUUUAUACAUAAUUGAGCUCAAUUAACGUUAAUAAUUAAUAUUUAAUUAUCUCUGAGACUCAUCGUUCGCGAAAAAAAAAAAAUCCUUGAAACAAAACUUGGAGAACAGAUUUUUUUAUCUAGAUGAUCCUCUCAAAGAUCCUGCUUUCUUCGUAAAAAAAAAAAAAGAGGUAUCAACCUACGUAUGUCGUGAAUAAAAAUUAUUAAUUUAAGAGAAAUAUUGCACGAAAGAGGACGAACGCAAGAAUGUCGUCUUUCAUAACGACGGACUGGUAAUUUCAACGCAUAUAAUCGGUAUAAUUUAAUUUACCGAUAAUUUAAUCUUCCAGGGAUGGUUUUCAACGUGACGCAAUACAUGGACUUCCAUCCGGGUGGUGUCGACGAAUUGAUGAGAGGUGUCGGCAAAGAUGCCACCAAACUCUUCGAAAGCGUGCACGCAUGGGUGAACUAUCAAAGCAUCCUGCAAAAAUGCGUGGUCGGCAGGCUGAGCCGUGGAUCGGUGAGCGGUAGCAGCUCGUCGCCGACGGAGAACACCGUGUCGAACACGGCCGAUUGUUCGUCGGCGACGUUGAACCCGAUAACAAGUUGCACGACUCGUAGCCAAGAAAACGCGUCGGACGGUGGUUUAUCGAGUAUAAAAAUGGAUUGGAAACAAACAGUUCCAACGAUCACAUUCUACUAUAAAAUGUUACGCAACUGUCCAGGCGUGAGUUACGAAGUGGCUAAGAGGAGCGAUACGAAGGUGGCCUUUAAAUUAAUUUUCGAGAAUGAUAUAUUAACGCAUGAUCUGGACUUAAUAGGAGAGGUAGAAUGGCCACCAGUAUGCGCCAGAAACCUUGAAACGAUGCAGGUGGAGUUUACGUUUACGAAGCGUGAUAAAAUGCCGUGGAUGAAUUUCGGUGAACAAGUAAUGUGCAGGCAUAUAAACGACAAUAUUCAAUCGUACAGAGAAUACAAAGUAGUUGCGAACGAACCACUUUCGAAAAACGUUUAUAUGCUGAUCCUUCAGUCGAAAGAAUUCGUGCAAAUUUUACCUUUGGGCAGGCACGUAAUAGCCAAACUGAACAACCUA